CCACCUUCGACGCCCAUCCAAUCGCCAUGCUGUCGCGACAAGUCUUCCGCUCCCUCAGAGCCGCUGCUCCUCAGCGUGCCUUCGCCGCUGUCCCUGCCCGGACUUUUGCUGCCGCUGCCAGCGCCGACGUCAAGGCCCCCAUUGCUGUCUUUGGUCUCGAUGGCACCUACGCCACUGCUCUGUACACCGCGGCCUCCAAGACUUCCACCCUCGAUGCCGUCGCCAAGGAGCUCGCCAAGCUGGGCUCCAUCGUCGAGAAGGACUCCAAGCUGGUUGCCAUCCUCUCCGCCCCUACUCUGACCCCCGCCGACCGAUCUGCCAUCGUGGCCGAGCUCGUCAAGCAGGCCGGUGCCAGCGGUCCCACCCUCAAGAACUUCCUCGACACCCUCGCCGAGAACAACCGACUGGGUCUCCUGAACGGCGUUAUUGAGAAGUUUGGCCAGAUCGUCUCUGCUGCCCGUGGCGAGGUUGAGAUGACCGUCACCAGCGCUCAGGCUCUUGACCCCAAGAUGCUGUCCCGUCUGGAGAACGCUGUCGCCAAGUCUUCCUACGUUGGCCAGGGCAAGAAGCUCAAGGUCACCAACGCUGUCAACCCCGAUAUCAUUGGUGGACUCGUCGUCGAGGUCGGCGACCGAACCAUUGACCUCAGCGUCUCCGCCCGCAUCAGCAAGAUGAACAAGCUCCUUACUGACAACCUGUAAUUUAUUAUGUAUAAAAAAAGAUAUCAAUCAAAACAAGGAACCUCUUUUGUUGAAACGUCCAUAAAAACAAGGGGGCUCAAUUCAUACAAAACGAAGCUCUACCACCAUGUAUAGAAUUUGAGCUUGGGACUUCUCCAAGGAGAGACGCGGGGUUCUUCUGUUUUUGCAUGCCUCCAUCUUUAUAUAGGAAAGGGUGGGUGCAAAUAGUGUAAAGAGAGGGGAGUGCUGUUAUUUGGUGGAACAGCAUGUUGCAAAUAGAGAGCAAAUUUAUCUAGAGAAAAUGAGCUUUUCUAUAUGUUCAACACAGGAUAUGCGUGAAGUGGACUACUAACUGAUGCUGCCAUGACGAAACCUGC